AACAAAUCAUUAUUUAUUGAAUAAAAGUGAAACUAAUUUUGUAUUUUAUAGUGAAAUACAUUAUUUGAAUACUUUUCUCAAAUCUAUUCUCAAAUUCUCAUCAAAUGUUUCAACUCUUUAGGUCCAAAGAGAUGUUGGAACAGUUGAAAGACAAACUACAGAUCGUUCAAAACGACUUGACCUCAAGUAUCCGAGGCUUAACUCAGCCCAUCAGUCAUGAAGCCAAGGAAGAGAUCAGAACUAAAUUGGGUUUUCAUAGAAAUGUCCACAAAUUUAAAGUCGAUUUGAACGCCGGGGCAGAACUGCUGCACAGAUAUCAGACUCAAUGGCAACAAAUGCAUGAAAUGAGUGAAUCCAAUGCUAAAUCUGCUGAAGAAGUGUCUAAAGUGAUAGCUGUGGUCGACUCGAACGCCAAAAAACAGGAAUCUUUAAUAAAUGAUUUGUUGACUCAAUUGUCUUCUUUGCCACAAAUGGUUGAAUCGAUUGAAUCGCUUGAAAAGGAUUUAAUGAAAUGUAAGAAUAAUUUCUUGAAAGCCGAACAGCUUUUGACGACUUUGGAGGACAACAAAGAAGUGGAAGAUUUGGAGAAACUGAAGAUCGAUCAGCACUUCAAGAUCGAGGUCUACAAAGACAGCAAAACGUCUCAAUUGGAGGCAUUGCGAGUGAAACUGGCGGUCGAGCACACGGACAAAGUGCACGACUUUGAGAGACAACAGCAAAACAUUCUGAAGGAAAGACAGGAAGCGUUUCAAAAAGUUUUCGAAGAGGAACUCAAUCACUAUAAAACUCACGGAAAGAUCGAAACGAAAGUACAAAAUAACUCAAAACAAAGGAUCCCUUCCAUCGAAGAGAUCGAAAUUGAAACCCAAAAGUCAGACGAAGAGGCGCUCGAAGAGUUCCUUCAGAGCUAA